AAAAAAUAUUUUAUUGAAAAUCAGCCCUCCUCAACUAUCAGAAUGUGUAGAUCUUUGAUACGUGACAUCCAAAAUAACAGAAUUGGAUAAAAUGAUGAAAAUCAUAGCUAUAGAAUUCAUGUAAAAAUAUUAUGCAAUAGAACCUUGUUUGGUAUAGGAAGUAUAAAUCAUUGGCAAAUUUUAUCCAUACACUUUUUUAUUCUCGAUGUGUUUUAUAAAUUCUACUUAUGAAGGUUUUUAUCAUUCCAUGGCUAACUAUGACACGUGUAGUGAACUUCUAGCAAUGUAGCUUCCUCCAACAACUCCCGAGCUCUUUGACCUUUGUGGAUAAUGAAAAUGGACUUGAAGCAUAUAGUUGCAGCUAUACGCCAUUGUGGGCGAGUCAAAGCUCUCAAGCAAGGCAAAUCAUUUCAUUCUCAUUUGAUCAAAACUGGGUAUUCUCAUAACGUCUACAUAGCCUGCAAUUUGGUAUCUAUGUAUGCUGACUUCACAUUUUUAAUCGACGCAUAUAAACUGUUUGAUGAAAUGCCUGUAAAAAACAUCGUCACCUGGACCACUAUGGUUUCUGCGUAUACCAGCAAUGGAAAGCCUCGUGAAGCAAUAAAGCUAUAUGCCCGGAUGUUAGAUUCUAAAUCAGAAGUCCCUAAUGGGUUUAUGUACUCUGUGGUUUUGAAAGCGUGUGGUCUUGUGGGUGAGAUUGAGCUGGGUAGACUGAUUCAUAAGAGAUUUUCUAGAGAGAAUUUGGAUUACGAUAUUGUUUUGCUGAAUGCUCUUUUGGAUAUGUAUGUUAAAUGCGGAUGCUUGAGUGAUGCAAGAAAAGUUUUCGAUGGGAUCUUUUCGAGGGCGAAUUCCACUUCCUGGAAUACAAUGAUUUCAGGGUAUUUUAAGGAAGGUUUGGUGGAGGAGGCUGUUAAUUUGUUCAAUCAAAUGCCGGACAGAAAUGUUGUUUCUUGGAAUACUAUUAUUGCUGGUCUUGCAGAAAAUGGGAGUUCACGUGCAUUACAGUUUGUUUGUAAGAUGCACCGGGAAGGGAUUAAGCUUGAUAAAUUUACUUUUCCAUGUGCUCUUAAGACAUGUAGUUAUGCUGGUUUCUUAGUUGCAGGUAAACAGAUUCACUGUUAUGUUUUAAAGUCUGGUUUGGAGUCUAGUUGCUUCGCUGUGUCAGCGCUGGUUGAUAUGUAUUCAAAUUGCAACGAGUUAGACGAUGCUAUAAGGCUGUUUGAUCAAUACUCAGGUGGUACUGGUUCAAUCUGUGAUAGCUUAGUACUCUGGAAUUCUAUGCUUUCAGGGUAUGUUGUUCAUGAGAAAAAUAGAGCUGCUGUUAAUAUGAUUGCACAAAUCCAUCAUUCUGGUGCUUCGGUUGACUCUUACACCUCGAGUAGUGCUUUGAAGGUCUGCAUCAACUUGCUCAAUGUGAGACUUGGGAUUCAAGUUCAUGCUUUGAUUGUUAUCAGUGGGCACGAGUUAGAUUAUGUUGUUGGAAGCAUCCUUGUAGACCUCUAUGCAAAACUGGGGAAUAUGAAAGAUGCUUUUAAACUGUUUCAUAGGCUUCCCAAGAAAGAUAUUGUAGCUUGGUCUGGUUUACUCAUGGGGUGCGCUAAGAUGGAAUUGAACUCCUUAGCUUUGUCACUGUUUAGAGAUAUGGUUACAUUUGGUGUUGAAGUAGAUCAGUAUAUUGUUUCUAAUGUUCUGAAAGUCUGUUCUAGUUUGGCAUCUAUUGGAACCGGAAAACAGGUACAUGCUUUUUGUAUCAAGAGAGGAUAUGAAACCGAACAGGUCACCAUCACAGCCCUCAUUGACAUGUAUUCAAAAUGUGGUGAGGUAGAAGAUGGUUUGGUUUUGUUUGGCUGUGUUGCAGAUAGGGAUGUUGUAUGCUGGACAGGGAUCAUUGUGGGGUGUGCGCAGAAUGGAAGGGCAAAUGAAGCUCUUGAAAUUUUCCAACAGAUGGUACAAUCAGGGUUAAAGCCAAAUGAAGUCACUUAUCUAGGUGUCCUUACUGCAUGUAGGCAUGCUGGUUUGGUUGUAGAGGCACAGACCAUAUUUGGGACCAUGAAAUGUGAUCACAGACUUGAACCUCAACUAGAACAUUAUUAUUGCAUGGUUGAUCUUCUAUGUCAAGCUGGAUGUUUCAAAGAGGUAGAGAAGUUAAUUGCUGAGAUGCCAUUUAAACCUGACAAAACCAUAUGGAGCUCGAUGCUUGGGGCCUGUGGGACUCACAGGAAUACUGGAUUGGUCAGUACCAUUGCUGAGAACCUUCUUGCUAAUUGUCCAAAUGACCCUUCGAUUUAUGUUAUGCUUUCAAAUGCUUAUGGAACUUUGGGAAUGUGGGAUAGUCUAAGCCAAGUGAGGGAAGCUGCUAAAAAGUUGGGUGUCAAAGCAGCUGGAACGAGCUGGAUUGAGAUUUCAAGUUAAGAUGCGUUGGUCAUGGCAUGGCAUUAGUUAAUCUUGCCUGAAGUUCAAGAUUAAGUGGUAAAACAUUCACUGCUACUUAUCUAUUAGUCAUUAUGUGUCUGGGAUGUCAGUGUAAGAGCAUUUACCCGUGCUAAAUAGUUGGGCUGGGUUGAAGAAAACCUGGAGAUGCAGAAACAUACAGCAUGUAUAUUGCAGUCAGAAGGAUCUCGAUAUGAAGGAGCACAUGAGAUUGACUGUUCCAGGAUGCCAAUACAAAUCAUUUCCCUGAAUUAAAUUUACGAGACAAAUUACAACUAAUAGUAGGAAAGAGAGGAAGGAAAUUGCAAUAGAAGGGCCCAAGAAAGGAAGAAACGGAAUAGAAUUUUUUACAGCUAUAUGCCAAUCGAAACAAGGCCCUCUAGUCUCAUUUCGAAGAGGUUCAUAGUAUGGCAAGCAUCAGUAGGCCUCUAUUCCUUCCAUGGUCCAAUGUAAAUACAAUCAUUGCGUGUCGUGGACUCGGAAAGGCACUGCAAGAGAAAGGAUACAAUGGUCCUACCUAGAAGUGAACGCUGGUCCAACCAUUUCACCUUGACCCGGCAGGCUUGAGUAAGCAACUGGCGUGGGGUCCACCUAGGCAAAGAGUAGAGAGCCACACCACCCAAUUGUCAUUGUUGAUGCAAAGGGCAAUCCGUUGCUUUGCAAGGCAUUAUUCCAUGCUUGUGGCAUUUGGUUGUUUUGAACCUUCUUUCUCAUGCCAUGUUACUUUCUUCAAUCAUUUCACCCCCCUCCCAAUUCUCUGUCCUCCCACAGAUUCAACAUUAUGGAUUGUGCCCGUGUUUCUUCUUUAAA